AUGGCUUCCUUUAGCAUGAUACAUUUUAAUGAUGUUUAUAAUAUUGAGGCGGAUCUUAUAGAGCCUUUAGGGGGAGCUGCUAGGCUGGCAGGGUACAUUAAAUCCUGUGCUGAAGAGGAUCCUGUUGUUUUUUUCAGUGGAGAUGCUCUUAGUCCUUCUCUCAUCAGUAUAUUUUUAAAAGGAGAACAAAUGAUACCAGUUAUGAAUGGAGUUGGAGUGACAUGUGCUGUCCUAGGAAACCAUGACUUUGAUUUUGGUGUGGACCAUCUAGAGGAUUUGAUGGCUCAAACGAAGUUUCCAUGGCUACUGAGCAACGUUAUAGAUGACUUUACAAAUGAACCUUUAGCUUAUGCUGGAAUAAGUCAAAUCAUUGUUUCAAAAGGCCUUAUGGGACUAGUUGAAGAGGAAUGGAUAGAUACUCUAGCCACAAUAGAUCCUGAAGAUGUAAUUUUCAAAGAUUAUGUUGAAAGUGGUAGAGAGAUAGCACAUUCACUCAGAACUCAGGGAGCAGAUAUUGUGAUAGCGUUGACUCACAUGAGAUGGCCGAAUGAUAUAAGAUUAGCAGAAGAAGUUGAAGAUUUAGAUAUUAUACUGGGAGGCCAUGAUCAUGAUUAUUGUGUUGAAAUGAUAAACGGUACAUAUAUAGUCAAGAGUGGAACAGAUUUCCGUAAUUUAAGUCAUAUUCAUGUAACGAAAGAUGAGAAUGGAAAAUGGAAGUUUGAUAUCAAAGAAGUUGAACUGGAUUCGUCAGUGAAAGAAGAUCCUGAAAUUAAAGAACUGGUUACGGCUAAAUUAGCUCAAGUAGAUGAUAAAAUGGAUAAUAAGUUAGGUGAUAUAUUGGUGGACUUAGACGGCAGGUUUGCAAAAAUCAGAACUCAGGAAACUAACUUAGGAAAUUUUGUAACUGAUAUAAUUCUAACAGCUACGUGUGCUGAUAUGACAAUAUUAAACUCAGGAACAUUUAGAUCUGAUCGAAUUCAUCCUCGUGGAGAUUUUAUAAUCCGUGAUCUGUUAACUAUUCUUCCAUUGUUAGACCAUAUGUUGAUCAUAGAAUGCACAGGCAAGCAGAUAGUGCAAGCGUUAGAAAAUGGUGUUUCUCAAUAUCCCAAACUUGAAGGUCGUUUUCCACAGGUAGCUGGUUGUAGGUUUGGGUUUGACCCCAGUAAAGCAAAAGGUCAUCGUAUUGACCCUGCUUUAGUUCUGAUUCAAGAUGAGUAUGUUGAUCUAGAGAAGAAGUACAGAUUGUGUACAAAAGAAUAUCUUGCCCAUGGAAAAGAUGGUUACACUGUUCUUAAAGAUUGUCCUAUAUUGGUGAACGUAGAGAACUGUCCUACGUUGUCUACCUGUAUUCAGAAUCAUUUUGAAUCAGUACAGAUGUUAUAUGGUGAGAAAGAAUGUAGAUCAGGCCAUAGACAAAGUCUACUGUGUCUUGUCAAGAAAGAGGAAAUUAUAGUUAAAAGGCAGGAGAGUUCUGACUCCAUCAAUAGAGCAUUGGUACGACAACAGAGUAUCCAUGAUGCUGAGAUAGAGAAACCCCAUCUAGCACCGGAGAUUGAUGGCAGGAUCUUUCAGUAUGAUGAUGAGAAACACAUGGAAUUGUUGGCCUUAAAAGAUUCCCAAAGUAAAAAGAGAUUAGAUGUAGGAAGGAAGGAAGAGACAACUUCUAGAUUAGAUGUAGGAAGGAAGGAAGAGACAACUUCUAGAUUAGAUGUAGGAAGGAAGGAAGAGACAACUUCUAGAUUAGAUGUAGGAAGGAAGGAAGAGACAACUUCUAGAUUAGAUUUUUACGUUCAUAAACAACUUUCAUUAUAA